GAGCGAUGAAGCUAUAAUCGUCUGGCCUGCUUCCGAGAGAUGGCGACCGUCACGUUUAUUCAUGUCUUUUCUUGUCGAUCUUCCCUUCCGGGGCUGGGGUCAUGCGAUGCCGAUCUGAGCCGGGGUGCUAUGAUCUGCCCUUUCUCCGUGUGAAGCUUAAAGGCGCAUCGCUGCGUGGAGUCCCUAGAUUCUCCAGAGCUCUCUUCGACCCUCCUUUGCUGGACUCAGCUACAAUGUCCCCGACUAGCUCGAUAUCUUUACUGUCCCGUGAGGUUGGAGCCAACGAAGCUGCACUAUCAAUCAUCACAUACUUUACCAGCAGCGAAAGUCAGUCAAGCGUUCAGCUAUUCAUUGCAAGUGUAGCGUUCGGUGUCCUGACGGCACUCGUGGGCGUCGCCUUAGCCUUCCUCAUUCGUCAAGGGUUGCUCGCUCGGAGAUCGGUUCUGCUGCUAUUCCUUAGCACCCUUCUUCUAUACUCUUCAACAAGCGUCUACAUGUCCGUCUUGGUGUGGAACCGGCUAAGCGUCAGCCAGAUCAUGUCCCAAGCCACGACUGGCAUCACAUCAUCUACCUACGACGCGGACAGCAGCACCGCUUCUCUCGAGCGCGUCGUCGGGAUACAGUCCUGGAUGAUGACGAUCGCUGCCGGAACUAAUAUAAUUAUCGGCGAUGCCGUCGUGUGGUGGCGUGCCUGUGUUGUGUGGAGCAACAGAAUCGUCUACUUCAUGGGACCCCCGCUCUUGGCCUUGACCCUCGUAUGCGGUGUCAUCAAUGUCCACAACUCAGAGACUGGCCCCUCCUUGCAGCUCCAAAUGCUGAUAGGUGUCGAUGGGUUUGCGGAUGCCUUCAUGAUCCUGUCCAUGGUCACGAACUUGCUUGCGACUUCUUUGAUUGCGUACAAAGCAUGGGAACAUAGACGUUCGGUGAAGGCGUACUUCGGCUCAGACGGAGGCGCAACGGCUACUUGGAGAGCGCUCGCUCUGCUCGUCGAGUCUGGUACUAUUUACUGUGCCAUGCUGAUGUUCCUGGCCGUAUACCAACUAAGGCGACCGGCCGAAGUGACGAGCAGUGCUAGCGCUUUCGCGCAAACCGGGUGGUUUUUCACUGAUGCAUGUCUCUUGCCCAUAGCCGCAAUAUAUCCGACGUUUAUCAUUGUCCUUGUCGCAAUGAAGCGAUCCCCAAUCGACCGUGGGGUCUCACAGGUCAAUGGGGAGCGGGAGGCGGAGCGAGCGGCGGGACCGCUGGGUACCCUAGUGUUCAAUCACUCUGUGGUUGGUAGCGCUGGGACACAGUACACCGUUAACUCGACAGUGGAUAGACUUGGGUGCCAUAGCGAGUCGGAGGAUGUAUAUCGCAGUAUGGGCUCCACGAAUAUCGAGAAGAGAGGCCAAAUUGGUGAAGUAUAGUAUCGAUAUCCG